GCAGAAAGAGAGCGAAAGCGAGCGAAAGCAGAGAAAGUUAUGAGCCCUGUUCUCCCACCGUCGAAUGUUAACACAAGAUCCAGAGCAGAGUAGAGGUUGUUUACUACUGCAGAAUAGCAGCGCAGCACGCACGCACAGAGUCUGAGAGCGGUGGAGAUGGCAGCGUCUGAGGUUUUGACGAGUACGUAUGUGCAGCAGACGGUCGGGUGGAGGGGGGGUGAGGGGGAGGGUGUUGUGGCGAGAAGCGAGUGUGAAAGAUAUGAAGAGAGAGAAGAAGAAGAGGAGGAGGUGGAAGAAGAAGAGGAAGAAGAGGAAGAAGAAGAAGAGGAAGAAGAAGAAGAAGAAGAAGAAGAAGAAGAAGAAGAAGAAGAAGAAGAAGAAGAAGAAGAAGAAGAAGAUCACAGAGACAAAGACAGACAAACAUCAAGCAGACCCCGACCAAAAUGCUACCACUGCGCCUACGACGGCUGCGGGAAAUCCUUCACCCGUCCCUGUCGGCUCGAAGAACACGUCCGGUCUCAUACCGGCGAACGACCAUUCGCCUGCACGUUCUCCGGGUGCAGCAAGACCUUUCUCCGCGACUCGCAUCUGAAAGCCCACGAAUCGAGCCAUCGGAGCGAGAAGCGGUAUGCGUGCACGGCGUGUGGCCAUGGGUUCAACACCAACCAGCAUCUGAAGAGACAUAUGCUGACGCAUGAGAAACGGACGCCGUAUCAGUGUACGUGGGAGGACGGGUGUGAGGCCGCGUUUCAUAAGCAGACGCAGCUGCGGAGACAUGUGGCGGAGGUGCAUACGCAUACGAAGCCGUUCCUGUGCAGUGUGGAGGGAUGUGGCCGGUCGUUUGGGCAGAAUUCAAGACUAAAGGCGCACGAGGUGCGGGAUCAUGGAGAGAAAGGGUGGUAUUUGUGCGGGAGGGCGAUGGCAGGAGGAACAGAUACAGAGUGCAGCGAGAGGUUUCAUACAUGGUCUGCGCUGCAGAAGCAUAUCAAGGCCGAGCACAAGGCGGUGUGCAAGGACUGCGGACUGGAGUUUGCAAAGCCGGGAGCACUACGGCAGCAUAUGCGGGUGCACACGGAGACGCUCGAGGAGCGGAGGAAGUUUACGUGUGAGGAGUGCGAGCGCGGGUUUACGCGGCGGCAGGCGCUGGUUGUGCAUCGGAGGACGGUGCACGGGGGCGAGAAGCCGUUUGUGUGUGGGGUGGAGGGGUGUGGACGGGCGUUUGGACAUAAGCGGUUGUGGGCCGCGCAUGUGCGGUCGCAUGAGAGGAUAGAGGAGGGACUGGGGGAGAGAGAGAAGGAGGGGAAGAAAGAGAGACCGCGGAAGAGGAAGAGGGAGGAGGGGGUUAUUGAUAGGCUUGCAGGGACGGGGUAUGAGGAUAGGAGGAUUGCGUGUGAGCAGUGUGAGUACAGGUUUUGGAGGGCGUAUGAUUAUGAGCGGCAUGUGGAGGCAGAGCAUCAACGUGGAGAUGAGCACGCGGUAGAAGAGAGGAUGAGUGAGCAGGGGCAGGUGGUGGAUCCUAGUUUGCUGUGAUGUAUGAUAGAGAGUAGAUGUGUAUGAUACUGUAUAUUAUAAUGAUGGUUGAAUAGUUGAAUAGUUGAAAGUGUGAACAGUUGAAUGUUGAUAUCAGAUUUGUCGUGGCAGAUCAAGUCAUGAUCUGCGCGAUGAUCUACGUGUUCGAGACCGCUCAUCACAGGUGUUUACCACAGAUUUCUGUAUGCUCUGUAUUCUUCUACAUAUUACCACUACUGUAUUGAUGUAUUUACUACAACUGCAUAUAUUCAAUAGUAUUGUCACUGUAUUGUAUAGAACAUGACGUCAUCCACGUGACUGGGUCCGCACGGUUGCCCGGCUCAGGGACGCAGACCAGU